AUGGAGCUCACCGACCAACCCCCAUUCAAGCGCAGACGCUUGACGUCAGCCGAACUCCCAUCAGACUCCAGUGUCGUCGUCAACGCCAACAAGAUCGAGAAUCGUCUCACCAUCCACGACACCUGGGUCAUGGACUCCCGCCCCCUUCUCGUCGAGAAGGCCCGCAGCCGCCUACCCCAGCUCAAUGCCCGCCCACCUCUGCAGAAAUACGGCGUCCAGGUCAUGCUGCCGAUCGGGCUAAACCAAGACGAUGUAAACCUCGAACUUCUCUUGCAAACUACGGCAGGCUACCUCAACCUCUCCUACACCGACCAACUGCCCCUCGUCUGGAAGCACAUCGACGAGGAGCUCGACGAGUUCACCACGAAUCAAAAGAACAACUUCGACAUCGAGAGUGUCGAAGGAGAAGACUCACCAAAGGCUCAAGACAUCGAUCCCGCCGCAUUGCUUCGGUUCCUCACCGACGGCACCAUCACCAAGCGUGACGUCGAGGACCGCCACUUCCAGCAGACCAUGUUUCGGCUCCGAAACGGCCACUUCCCAGUCAAAGCGGGUCCAGCUGCUCGCUACUUCUACUUCGCCCACAUGUUCCUCGAGUCUAUGGAGAGGUUCAAGGCGGGAUACCCGCAGUCACUCAAGCUGUUAGGCGUCGACACCAUCUUCUCUGGUCCCUACAGCAUCGUUCUCUCAGACUACGGUCUCUUCACCCGGAACUUCCCCCCAGUGUGGGAGGAGUUUGCAACAGAGGACAUCUUUCGAUUCUACAUGCUGUGGAAGGCAUACGACGUCCUGAAGGCCCGGAAGGGCAAGGCCGAUCGCGGCAAGACCAUCCUCCCCGACAUCAACCGGGCUGAGGUGAUCUUACCGUUCUUCAGCAUCCGCCCACCCACCCACGACGCCGGUGUCGCACCCGUUCCAGACAUACCGGAGUGA